UAAUAUAGCAGCAUAAGAAAAAGUGUUGCAAAUUAAAGGGAUAAAUUUGUAAAACAUCAAAUUAGAGGUUUCCAACGGCGGCAUGGUAGAUAACGGGGACGACGGCGAACCGGCGGGUACGUCUCCGGCUGAAGAAGUAAUGACUACUUUUUCUCGCCACCAUUUCGGAAGUUCUGAAGACACCGCCGAUGGCUUCUCCGUCACCAUUAUCGAGAACAUGAAAGAAGAGUACGGUUUGUUCGUAUGGCCUUGCAGUAUUAUUCUAGCCGAGUACGUAUGGCAACAAAAGUCGCGCUUUACUAGCGCAUCUGUGGUUGAGCUUGGGGCAGGGACCUCGUUGCCUGGGCUAGUUGCUGCAAAAGUGGGUGCAGAUGUGACGCUGACUGACGAUUCAAACAGAUCAGAGGUGCUCACUCAUAUGAGAAGACAGUGUGACUUAAAUGCUAUCAAAUGCAAGAUACACGGACUUACAUGGGGUGUGUGGGGUACACAAACCUUCUGUCUGUGCCCAAACAUUAUCCUUGGAGCUGAUGUCCUAUAUGACAGUUGUGCCUUUGAUGAUCUUUUUGCAACUGUGGCAUUUUUACUCCAGAGUAGUCCAUCAUCCGUUUUUAUUACUACAUAUCACAACAGAAGUGGGCAUCACCUAAUUGGAUUUUUGAUGGUGAAAUGGGGCCUGAAGUGUGUUAAGCUUCUUGAUGGGUUCUCAUUCAUGCCAUCUUACAAGACGUCUAGUUUGAGUGGUAACAUUCAAUUGGCUGAGAUUGUUUUGGACACAGCUAACGGAGACGAGAAAAAACUGAUGUAACUGAAUUCAAGCGUGAUGGUGCUAAGUAUUAGGUUCUGCUGACGUAUUUUACUUCCUCCACUGGGGAAAUUUAUCAUCACCAGUGCAUCUAUCGCAGCAAAGGCUGAAGUAUAUGUGCAUGAGACUAUGCUGGGGCAAAGAGCUUCAAUUGCUUUCUUUGCAUUAUCAAUGACAUAGGAUGCAUGCAAAGAAACAUUAGGAGGACCAUCUUUUUCUGCCAAGUUUUUCCCUUGGAGUUCAGCAAAACCAAAGCAUCACAACCUGUCAAGAAGGUAAAAGGGGAUAAAAUCGUAAAAAGAAAAAGCAACGGGAGGGGGAAGUGUGAGAAAGUUUAACCAUUAUGGGAUUUUUAUAAUUGAAUAAGGUUUGUGGUUGUGUACUCGGAUGGCACUAUCAUGGAAAUGCUGCAGGCACUGUUUUGUCCUUCUUCGUGGCCUCCUCAACUGCUUGUUUGACUUGCCUCAGGGCAUGUGAGCUCAACAUGGUACAAAAUAAGACAUCGAUUCUUUAUGCCAAGUACAUAAGAAUGGCAAAGGCUAUUUAUAGGAAGAAGGCCAAAAGUUGUGUUAUUUUUUUGAAUUUGUUGAUUUGAAAUGGUUGGUUAAAAUAGUGAAUUUGGUUGCAGGCAUGUUUGCUACAAGUUGUGGAGAGCGUUUAAGUUUCUAUUGUUAGUAGAUAUAUCAUGUUACUUUUGUCUGCCCACCUUUUUGCAGCUU